GGGACGACUAUAAAGUGACGGAUUCGCUGAUAACGAUGUUAUUGUCUGAACGCAGAUUAGGUCCCAAACUGUACGGUGUGUUCGCCGGCGGACGGCUCGAGGAGUAUAUUCCGUCUCGGUGUAUGGAGUUCUCAGAGUUCAAAAGCCCUCCCUUUUCAACGGCUAUCGCCAGAAAACUAGCAAAUAUUCACGGCAUAGAUGUGCCCAUUAGUAAGCACCCGACCUGGCUGUUCAACACAUUGCAGAAUUGGUCCCAAUUAAUAGUCAACUAUAAGACCGAUCCCAACGACUCACAACUACUCCAGGACUCGGAACUGGAGCGGCAAUUGUGUGCCUUUGACUACACCUACGAAAUAAAUUGGUUGAGACAACUGCUCACCACCAGUGGGUCACCGGUAGUCUUC